GCAGUCACACAUCAACCAGCCUGGUCUCACGUGUCUACUUUCAUAACCGAUCUUUUAUUUUUGAGGGGUGGGGGUUGCACGCUCUAGUUUUGAUCCAGCAAGAUAUUACAUGAUCUAAUUUGUCAGAGACACAAAAGUCGUUCCCUCCAAACAAACCGGUCGGUAGAACAUGCAGAAACCAAUGUGCUGAUGAGUAACUGAUACAAUCCCUACGCAUUGAUUCUCUGUUUUUGUUGCUUUUUCCUUCUUGACAACUCACUCCACUAUCUUACUCAGACCAGAAAUCAUUACAAUUUGAAGGUAAAAGUGCCACUAUUUGUUGGUUCCUGAAUCUGAAUGUUACCUCUUGAUUUGAUGUCUUAAUGAUUCAGGGCUUAAGAGCAAAAGAGGGUUAUAACAAUGGGUACAGGAGCCAUGUGAACAACAGAGCACAGUGAUUGGUGCCAACCCCUUUUUGACAAUGAUUCAGAUUCUCCUUUUUAUCUCCCCCUUCCACUUUUCCUCUUGCCAUUUCUAGAAAUUCAACUUUUGAUCAUUUUAUCAAGUAGUGUGUGUGCAGCUGCUUUCUGAAGAAGAAUAAGCACAACUUCACAACACAACCUCAUCAUCAUCAUCAUCAAUUUUUCUAACUCAGCUUGAGUUACCAAAUGGAGCAGCAGUUGAAGAAAUCAUCACUGAGAACAUCAUUCCCUCGUGACCCUCGUGGGUCCCUCGAAGUGUUCAACCCAACCGCAAGCAACUCCGCCUCACCGGCGCGCGCUCAGCCGCUCUGGAAAACGUGGAGCGGCGCGGAGGAGGAGGAGCCGCGUGAAAUUUCCUCCGAUGAGGUAUCGUGGAUGGCGCUAGAGGGCGAGGAGCGCGGCGUGGCGGCGGAGAGAGCCGCCGAGUGGGGGUUGGUGCUGAGGACGGAUACCGAGACCGGGAAGGCGCACGGGGUGGCUGUGAGGAAUUCCGGCGGGGAUGAGCCUGGUGCGGGCGCCAAAGUUGCGGCGGUUUCUUGUUCUUCUAAUAGGAGGAGCUCUAACAACUCCGGUAGAGACUCCGGCGAAUCCUCCGACGGCGGCGGGGGGAUUCCGAGGAUUUCGAAGGAUUUGAAGGACGCUUUGUCGACGUUUCAACAGACGUUUGUGGUUUCGGAUGCUACGAAACCCGAUUACCCGAUCAUGUAUGCGAGUGUCGGGUUCUUCAAGAUGACGGGUUAUACGUCCAAGGAAGUCAUAGGCCGGAACUGUCGGUUUUUGCAGGGUGCAGAUACGGAUCCGGAGGAAGUUUCAAAGAUAAGGGAAGCGUUAGAAGCGGGGAAAAGUUACUGCGGAAGGUUACUGAAUUACAAAAAGGACGGCUCACCUUUCUGGAACCUUCUCACCGUUUCACCCAUCAAAGACGACGAUGGCAAAGUGCUCAAAUUCAUCGGAAUGCAAGUGGAGGUUAGCAAGCAUACAGAAGGAUCCAAGGAGAAGAUGCUGCGGCCCAAUGGAUUGCCCGAAUCAUUAAUCCGAUAUGACGCUCGUCAGAAAGAGAAGGCUGAAACUUCAGCAUCUGAGUUGGUACAAGCUGUGAAGCGCCCCCGAGCACUCAGUGAAUCAGAAAACCGUCCCUCCAUCAGAAAAUCAGAGAGUGCUGAAGAUGAAGAAGAAGAGGAAGAAAAACCAGAAAAAACUUCAAGGAGAAAAUCUGAGAGUGUGGCUUCAUUUAGACAGAAACCACAAGUAAGAAAUAGAAAUUCAAUGCAGCGAAUCAGUGAGGUGCCUGAAAACAAACAGAAAAACAACCAUCGCCAUUCUUUCAUGGGGUUCAUUAAGAAAAGUCCUCCCAAAGAUGAAAGCAUAGCUAAUGAAGUUAUUGAGGUUGUCAUCUCUGACAGUGAGGAUGAUGAGAGGCCUGAUAGCUUCGAAUUCGAUGAAAAAGAAAAGCUCAGGGAAAAGAGGAAAGGUCUUGAUCUUGCUACCACACUUGAGCGUAUUGAGAAAAACUUUGUCAUUACUGAUCCAAGGCUUCCUGAUAAUCCUAUAAUCUUUGCAUCUGAUAGCUUCUUAGAGCUUACAGAAUACAGUCGUGAAGAAAUAUUGGGAAGAAAUUGCAGGUUUCUGCAAGGACCUGAAACUGAUCCAGAAACUGUGAGAAAAAUUAGAAAGGCCAUUGACAACCAAACAGAAGUCACCGUGCAACUCAUUAAUUAUACUAAGAGUGGCAAAAAGUUCUGGAACCUGUUUCAUUUGCAACCUAUGCGUGAUCAGAAGGGAGAAGUGCAAUAUUUUAUUGGUGUUCAACUUGAUGGUAGUCAACACAUAGAACCUCUUCACAACUGCAUCGCAGUAGAUAAUGCAAAGGAGGGAGAACAAUUGGUUAAACAAACCGCAGAAUAUGUUGAUGAGGCAGCGAGAGAACUUCCGGAUGCUAAUCUGAAACCAGACGAGUUAUGGAUGAAUCAUUCAAAAGUGGUUCGCCCCAAACCGCAUAGGAAGGAAGAUGCAACUUGGAAAGCUAUUCAAAAGAUCCUAGAAAGUGGGGAACAGAUAGGCCUAAAGCACUUCAGGCCAAUCAAACCCCUGGGGUCGGGGGAUACUGGCAGUGUGCAUCUGGUGGAGCUAAGUGGAACUGGUCAAUAUUUUGCCAUGAAGGCUAUGGAUAAGAGUGUUAUGCUCAAUCGUAACAAGGUGCAUAGAGCUUGCACAGAGAGAGAAAUCCUUGACAUGUUGGACCACCCUUUUCUGCCUGCAUUAUAUGCGUCCUUUCAGACCAAAACACAUGUUUGUUUGAUAACCGAUUACUGUCCUGGUGGAGAGUUAUUCCUGCUUCUUGACCGGCAGCCAACAAAGGUUCUCAAGGAAGACGCUGUGAGAUUUUAUGCUGCUGAGGUACUGAUUGCAUUGGAGUACCUUCAUUGUCAAGGGAUAAUAUAUCGAGAUUUGAAGCCAGAAAAUGUGUUAAUCCAGAGCAAUGGGCAUUUGUCUCUAACAGAUUUUGAUUUGUCAUGUUUAACAUCUUGCAAGCCACAGCUUGUAAUUCCAGCUUCAAAUGAAAAGAGGAAGAAGAAGAAGAAACAACAGAAAAGUCAGCAGGUUCCAAUGUUUAUGGCUGAACCAAUGAGAGCAUCAAAUUCUUUUGUUGGCACGGAAGAGUACAUAGCUCCGGAAAUUAUAACUGGUUCAGGCCAUUCUAGUGCUGUAGAUUGGUGGGCUCUAGGUAUUCUUCUAUAUGAAAUGCUUUAUGGGUAUACACCAUUCAGGGGAAAGACAAGACAAAAAACAUUUGCAAAUAUUCUUCACAAAGAUCUUAAAUUUCCCAAAAGCAAACCGGUAAGUCUCCAUGCAAAGCAGCUAAUUUACCGGUUGUUGCAUAGAGAUCCCAAAAACAGAUUGGGUUCACAAGAGGGAGCAAAUGAAAUUAAGCGGCAUCCAUUCUUCCGGGGUGUCGAUUGGGCACUAAUUCGUUGCAUGAAACCUCCAGAGCUUGAUGCUCCUCUCUUACAAGAAACUGAAGAAGACAAAGAAGCCAAAGAUGUAGACCCCAGGCUAGAAGAUUUACAGGAAAACUUUUUCUGAAAGAUUUAGAUAAUGGAGUCUCAUAGCAUUCAAGAAACACAUGAUCACGAAUUCUUUGGGGUUCUUUUUUUUUUGAGAGAAUAAUGGAAUUUCAAUUUCCUGCUUGAGUUGUGUACAGUUUCAACAUGUUCAUUGUAAUAAUAUAUGAAUGGAGAUCUCCCACAAUUUUUGCUAGUGUGUGGUGCUUUAGUUGCCUGGAGUAAGAGAUUAGGGGUGUCGUCAUUGUGCACUUCAACAGCUAUUCAACCACAGCGUCUAUGUGUGCAAAUUCUUGUAUAUUUUUAAUAUAAUUUUUUGAGUAAGUUAAAAUAUGUACGGUAAGAAUUUUUUUUUUACAUCGAAAAGAUAAACUACGACCCUCCAGGUUUGA